AGGCCUUUUGAUAUAUUCGAAGUACGUAACCAAAUGGAUUCAACAAUUACGUCUUCCUGGACAAUCAAAACAAGACCUUUGGACUCUCCGCUUCUUCGUCUGCAAACAAAACAUCUUCUCACUCUCUUCUUCUUCUUCCCUCUUUACUGUGAUAAUAAUGGCUACUGCAUCCAACUCGGUACUCUUCCCGAGCUCUGACUCACUGAGUCAUCAUCACAACUCGCCCCGAACCCAUCUCCAUCUCUCCUCCUCCAAAUCCCAUUCAGUUUCUCUCAACCGUACCAAGCAACAAUCCACUUCCCUGGCGCUUCAUUGCUCCAACAAUGGCGAUAACGUCUCAUCCCCAAUCGAACUCAAGUUCCCAACGUUUCCAACGGUCAUGGACAUUAACCAGAUCAGAGAGAUACUGCCUCACAGGUUCCCGUUUCUGCUGGUGGAUAGAGUGAUCGAGUAUACACCUGGCGUUUCAGCUGUGGCUAUCAAGAACGUCACUAUCAAUGACAACUUCUUCCCUGGUCAUUUCCCUGAUCGACCCAUCAUGCCUGGUGUUCUUAUGAUUGAGGCGAUGGCCCAAGCGGGAGGAAUAGCAAUGCUGCAGCCGGAAGUAGGAGGAGGGUCUCAGGAUAAUAACUUCUUCUUCGCUGGUAUUGAUAAAGUGAGGUUCCGCAAGCCUGUGAUCGCAGGAGACACGUUGGUGAUGAGGAUGACUCUUGUCAAGUUCCAGAAACGGUUCGGGCUUGCUAAGAUGGAAGGUAAAGCUUAUGUGGGUGGCUCUUUGGUCUGCGAGGGCGAGUUCAUGAUGGUUUCUGCUGCCAGUUCUUGAUCUCACUCGCUACAUAUGUUUGUUUAUACGAGCUUCUUCAAGAUUCUCUUUACCAUUUUAUUGAUGAAUCUUCACAGACGCAUUGAAAUAGAGCAAAUUGUGACUAUAGAAAA